UACAAGCCAAUGCAGUCGGUAUUGUCACAUUUUAUUGAAGGUUAUGUUGAUUUACUUUUUUUAUCCCGUACCUUUAAACUUCGCUUUGUGAUAAAUCGUUAGGAUUUCAAUUGUAAAAAUGUCAUUUUCGAGGAAGAUAAUUAUUGAAAAAUACUUUCAGCAGUACUUUAAACGCUACUGUUCGUCUCUGAAAUCAACAAAAACCAAAACAGAUGAAUUGAAAGAGAGGCAGAAAGAAAUGAUGGCUAGAAGCCUUCCAAAGCAAAUGCCAAUUACAGGAGUGAAACAAAUUUUAAUUGUAGCAUCUGGCAAAGGAGGAGUAGGAAAAUCUACUACAUCUGUAAAUCUAGCUGUUGCAUUAAAGCUUUUAGAACCUAAAAAAUCUGUUGGAUUAUUAGACGCCGAUGUUUUUGGGCCUUCUAUUCCUUUAAUGAUGAAUUUACACGAAACUCCUUUAUUAAAUAAAAAUAAUUUUAUGGAGCCAUUAUUAAAUUAUGGAAUUAAAUGUAUGUCAAUGGGAUUCUUAAUAGAUGAAAAAUCUCCGGUUGUGUGGAGAGGAUUAAUGGUAAUGAGCGCCCUAAAUAAACUAAUGAGACAAGUAUCUUGGGGAUUACUAGAUUAUUUAAUUAUAGACACACCACCUGGAACCGGAGAUACUCAUUUAUCUCUGAUACAGAAUCUCCCCAUCUCUGGAGCAUUACUGGUAACAACUCCACAAAAAGCGGCUGUAAAUGUUACGAAAAGAGGAGCAGCUUUAUAUAGUAAAAUAAAUGUUCCACUUGCAGGAAUUGUUUCUAAUAUGAGCAAUAUAGUAUGUCCGAAUUGUAAAAGUGAAAUUCCACUUUUAAAAGAUGAAAUUUCUAAUUUAGCUCAGGAAUUUGGCAUACAAAUUUUAUGUAAAAUUCCACUCGAUGAAGAUAUUGCAGAAGGAUGUGAUAAUGGAAAACCCAUUGUUAUUAAUGAUCCAAAUUCAAACAUUACAACAGCAUAUAAAACAUUAGCAAAAGAUGUAUCUAAAUUUUUAAGAAACCAACCUGUCAAUACAUGCUAAUGAUUCUAUUAUAUAAAAAUCUGAAAAUAUAGAGAAAAAAAAUUAAUUUAUUAAAGCGUUCACUCGAGUCCAGAUGCCGAAAUACAUGACAUACCUAUGAAUAUUUUAAUUAGACCAUUUCCAUC